ACCCUUAACAGGAGGCAGCAUUGCUAACAGUUACCAGUCUCUGGCAGGGAAAGGAAGCUCACUGGAGUGUACGGUAUGUGACUUUCAAAAAUAGUCAUGUCUCACAUAAGUGAUUUUAUCUUAGUACAGGAAUGUGGGAAAGCACUGGUGCAUCCUCUCAUUCACCUGAGGCAAACUGCUUUGAUGAUGUAACAGGUUAGCAAAAUGCUAAGUAGAAUCCCAAUAAAAAAGCAUUUAUUCAUCAGCGAGGUGCAGAGACAGAGGAGGAAAUUGAAAAAUGGAAAAAUAGGCAGAAGAGAGAAAGUAUGACAUUAGAAGAUAUUUCUGUCAAGAGAAUCUAUAUUAUGCCCUCCCUCCUCCCCCAAAAAGUAAGUUAAAUGGAAUUCUAUCAAAGAGAAGCCUGCAUCAUUUUUUUGUUUCUUUAUUAAGAAGGAUGGGGCUCUGGAAGCAAUGUCUUUUUGUGCUAGUUCUCCUUAUCACUCUGAUUUUUGUGCUCUUUUACAAUCAUAAGUUGCUGGUACAAAAAAGUAUCCAGAGAAAAACUGUCUCAAAUUCUGCCGAAUUAGCACAAGUGUGUAAUCAAAUUAUAAAAGGGGAGACUUUUCUUUUUAACAAAAGUGUGCUAAGAACUUCAGACCGUGUGAUUACCUGUAGACAACAACUGAUUCAGAAUCACUAUAUAACAAAAACUUUGUCAGAAGAGGAAGUCAAGUUUCCUUUGGCCUAUAUAAUAGUUAUACACAAAGACUUUGAAACCUUUGAGAGACUCUUCAGGGCAGUUUACAUGCCCCAGAAUGUUUACUGUAUUCAUGUGGAUAAGAAAGCAGGCCUUGAGUUUUAUGUAGAAGUAAAAGGAUUUCUGAACUGUUUCCCCAAUGCUUUCCUUGCCUCAAAGAUGGAAUAUGUGGUCUAUCCUGGAAUAUCCAAGAUCCAGGCUGAAUUGAACUGUAUGAGAGAUCUUGUAGCCUCUGAGGUUCAGUGGAAAUAUAUGAUUAACACCUGUGGGCAAGAUUUUCCCUUGAAAACCAACAAGGAAAUAAUCCAGCAUUUAAAAAGAUUUAAAGGGAAAAAUAUCACCCCAGGGGUGCUGAGUCCUGAGUAUAUGAUUUGGAGAACUAAAUACAGCCAUGAAGAGCAUGUGGGUCCAGUUGAAUUUUUUGUUAACCGAACCCAAACAUUAAAAACCCUGCCUCCCCACAAUCUGACCAUUUAUUUUGGCUCAGCUUAUGUGGCCUUGACGAGGGAGUUCAUCAACUUUGUUCUCCAAGACCAACAAGCUAUUGACUUAUUUCAGUGGUCUAAGGACACUUACAGCCCCGAUGAGCAUUUCUGGGUGACUCUCAAUAGGAAUCCAGGUAUGUUUGUCUCACAUGUGCUAUUACUAAAAUUAGGAAAUACGAACAAAAAUGUUGAAAGCUUUAUAUUGCAAAAAUGACAGAUGCUAUAAAAAGUAGAUAUGUGGAAAACAUGUCUUUGUGAAAUAAACAUGUCUCUUUUG